AUUUAAUACCGGACUCCCUCGUCUCUCAUUCACUGCGUUCCAGUACUUCCUCUCUCACCAUCUUUAGACCUAUUUCUUCCCAGCAUCAACAAUCUCCCAUCGUUUCAUUCCUCCGUCGGCACUCCGUCAUAUAUUUAUCAUUCACAAGAAUACCAUAUAACAGUGGAAUUAAAGAAUUUCUUUUACCUUGGAUACAGAAUACUUAUCUUUGAAGAAUUCAAGAUGUUAUACCAAAUGGAGAUUGUUCUGAUCACACCACAAAUCUAUUGAGAGAAUUACAGUGAAGCAUUUUCUCUGAAUGACAAAUUUCUGUGUUUUGUCGUGUGGAGAGUGUACAAGAUCAUUUUUGCAUUUUAAUUCAGUUGGGAUUGUACAAGAGAUUUCGGUAUCUCUAGGUAUUAAUUGAGAUCGCAAUUGAUGGAAAUAGAACAAAAUAAGUAUUUGCUUGGGAUAAAAGAAAAGAAGAAAACAUUUUGAUUGUCACGGUGAGAGAAGGAAAAAAAUAAUGGCCAAUGAAGUGUGUAAUAACAAUUUUGAAUGUAAAUCACAGUCUGAUGGCAUUGAUUUUACUGAUGAGAUACCAACAAAGGGAGAUAAACCAUCAUACCCCUGUGACACCUGUGGCAGAUCAUUCACUCAAAAAAGUAACCUCACCAGACACAAAUAUAUUCAUACAGGAGAGAAACCAUAUCAGUGUGAUAUAUGCGGUAAAUCCUUUUCUCACAAAGGAUACGUAAAUAAACACAAAUAUAUCCAUAGAGGAGAAAAGCCACACUGUUGUGAUAUCUGUGGUAAAUCGUUCUACAAGUUAGAACAUUUAGUUAUACACAAACGCAUUCACACAGGAGAGACACCAUAUGUCUGUGAAAUCUGUGGUAAAUCAUUCUCGGUGAAACGGAAUUUAAUUACACACAAAUAUAUUCAUACAGGAGAGAAACCAUAUCAGUGUGAUGUCUGUGGGAGAGCAUUCUCUGGUGGAAGUAACUUAACCAGACACAAACGUAUUCAUACAGGAGAGAAGCAAUAUCAGUGUGAUAUCUGUGGUAAUUCAUUCACCAGUAAAUGCAACUUGAAUAGGCACAAAUACAUUCAUACAGGAAAUGAACCAUAUGACUGUGAUAUCUGUGGUAAAUCUUUAUCUACUAAGAGUACCUUAGCUGCUCACAAAAGCAGUCAUACUGGAGAGAGACCAUUUAGCUGUGAUAUUUGUGGGAAAUCAUUUCCUUUGAGUAGUAAUUUAAACAAACACAGACGCUUACAUUCAGGAGAGAAACCAUUUCACUGUGAUGUCUGUGGUAAAUCGUUUUCUCAAAGUAGUAACUUAACUGCGCAUGUUCGUCGUCAUACGGGAGUGAAACCGUAUCUCUGUGAUAUCUGCGGCAAAUCAUUCUUUAAGGUAGAUAGCUUGGAUAAACACAAACGCAUUCACACAGGAGAAGAACCAUAUGUCUGUGAUAUCUGUGGUAAAUCGUUCACUGGUAGAAGUAAUUUAACUACUCACAAACGUAUUCAUACAGGAGAAAAACCAUAUCAGUGUCAUCUUUGCGGCAAAUCUUUCUCUGCCGGAAGCACCUUAACCAGACACAAGUAUAUUCAUACAGGUGAGAAACUGUUUCAGUGUGAUGUCUGUGAUAAAUCAUUCUCACAGAAAACUAGCUUAGUCAGACACAAAUACAUUCAUACAGGGGAAAGACCUUUUCAUUGUGACAUCUGCGGAACAUCUUUCCACGAUGGUAGUACUCUGACUACUCAUAAACGUAUUCAUACAGGAGAGAAGCCAUAUCGCUGUGAUAUCUGUGGUAAGCCUUUUCCCACGAGUAGCAGUGUAACCGAUCACAAGCGCGUUCAUUCAGGAGAGAAACCAUUUCAUUGUGAUGUCUGCGGUAAAUCAUUUGCUCAAGGCGGUAACUUAUUUGAGCACAAACGCAUUCAUACAGGCAAAAGGCCACAUCACUGUGAAAUCUGUGGUCAAUCGUUCCUCAAAUUCGAUGGCUUGACCAGACACAAACGCAUUCAUACAGGUGAGAAACCAUAUCGCUGUGAUAUCUGUGGUAAAUCAUUCUCUCGAAAUGAUUGCCUACGUAUACACAGACGCGUUCAUACAGGUGUGAAACCACAUCACUGUAACAUCUGUGGCAAAUCAUUCGCUCAUAAAACACAGUUAACCACACAUGUAUUUGUUCAUUCAAAAGAGUAACUGUGUCAGUGUC